GUGUACUUCGGCUUCGCGGGCCACUACUGGUACCGCUUCCUCGACCGCCGUUUCCCGCCCUCCGGCCGCCACUUCCUCCUCAAGAAGCUGUUGUGUGAGGCGGCCGUCGGUCCGCCGUUCGCCGCUUCCGUCUUCUUCGUCGUCGGACGCAUUGAGUCGAAGCCGUGGCGAAAGUCUUGGGAAGAGUUGCGAACAAAUGUCGUCCUCUUGUGUCUCGCCGACUGGUGUGUCUUCAUUCCCCUCCAAAGCGUGAACUUCUUGUAUUUGGCGCCGAAAUAUCGCAUUCUUUACGUUUCCGUCAUUUCUCUCUUUUACGACACUUUUCUGUCGUAUGUUUUGCACAAUAAUGACCACCAGAUGGAGACUCGAGACCAAUAA